UCCUCGACUUUUCGAUUCGAUCCUCUUCCUCAAAAUUUCGCUUCUUCUUUCUCUUUUCUUCGAUUUUGUUUGCUUAUACUGAUUACCAAUUCGCUUCGUCUCUGUUGCUUUGGAUCCGUUUUCUAAUUUUGCGUUGGGUUCUGCUUAUAGUUUUGGAUUCAAGUAUUGGUGUCCGAUGAUCGGUUUCUGAAUCGUUUGAUUUUGAAUCCACUUCUCAUUUCUGACCGUCUCUUUUAAGUUUGUAGCGACUGAAUAGUUUCCAACGAAUCUGAAUUUGGUUUAGCUACAUCAAUAGGAACAGCAUCCGGAGAAAAUGACGACGUAGAAGGGUUUUCACUGAGUCUCUUUGAGUUCCCGAUAAAUCUGGAAUAAGCUAUUUUCAUUUUGCAUAAUCUUAUUAAUGGCGCUUGAACAUGUUUGUGAGAAGCGGCUUCAAGCAAAGACAUUUAGCAGCCAAGAGUUUCAGCUAACGAUCAACUGGGAUGAUUUAGUUUGUCCCAUUUGCUUAGAUUCUCCACACAAUGGCGUGCUUCUCCAGUGUUCAUCUUACGGAAAUGGAUGCAGAGCGUUUGUCUGCAACACAGAUCACCUUCACUCAAACUGUUUGGAUCGCUUCAUAAGCGCCUGUGGAACAGAGUCACCUCCUCCAGCUCCAGCUCCUCCUGAUGAGCCUCGGUCAAAGGUUUUAGAAGAGAGUUGCAAACCCGUGUGUCCACUGUGUAGAGGGGAAGUCACUGGUUGGGUCGUUGUGGAAGAAGCUCGUGUUCGUCUUGAUGAGAAGAAACGUUGCUGUGAGGAAGAACGGUGCAGGUUUAUGGGUACUUACAGUGAGCUUCGCAAACACGCUCAGUCAGAGCAUCCAGAUUCACGUCCCUCGAAGAUUGAUCCAGCAAGGAAGCUUGACUGGGAAAAUUUUCAGCAGUCGUCUGAGAUUAUAGACGUGUUGAGCACAAUUCACUCAGAGGUUCCAAGAGGAGUGGUGUUAGGGGACUAUGUGAUCGAGUAUGGAGAUGAUGACACAGGAGAUGAGUUUGAGGAUGUUCCUAGCAAUGAAAGAAGCUGGUGGACAUCUUGUAUUCUGUAUCAAAUGUUUGACAAUAUAAGAAAUGCGAGGAAUCGAAGAAGAGCAAGAAUGAGUGAGAGCAGGAGAGGGAGUCGUCGCUCUAGCUAUGAUAAUUCCAACUCUGAUGACAGCUCUGUAGCAUCCAUAGAGUUCCCAGCUGGACAUUGAAGCGAAGCAAAUGAAGCAAGCAGCAGACCAGCUUAUUCGUAGCCAGUGUUCUUGGUUUUGGACAUUUCUCUUCUUUUUCUUGUUUUUUUCAACAUAAAUUUUCUUUUAGGUUUGUCUUGUGACAUUUACUCGCAGUCACAACCUUGUACAAAGACAUAAACGAACAAAAAAAAUUGCUUUUU